GUUUCCCCAGCCCCUCCUCACUGCAGCCGGAAGGAAGGACUGACUGUGCUGGGAAAGGCCACGGGGUCUCCACUUCUCCCUUUUGUGGCCUCUUCCCCCUGCCUCCACCUCAGAGCCUUCCGCACCCUUGGCCCAGGGUGGCCAGCAAAGGAACUAGCCGGAUCUGCUGCCCCUGCUUGACUCUCCUCGGCCCCACAAACCUGCCAGUGAGUCCAACCCAGAGAAAGGGAAGGGGGGAGCCUGGCAGGGUCUGCGUGCCCCGCCUUCCCAAGGGGCCCCUUGCCCAGCGUCUGGAAGUGGAGCCCACAGGAGUCAUGGCCCCAAGACUUCUCCUGGCCCUGGCCCUCUGGGCUGGCUGCUCACCCUGCAGUGGGAGAGAAGCCCCCACCCAGUCCAGGGUGUGGUGCUGGGCCUUUAGGUACCCGAUGGCCGUAGAUUGCUUCUGGACCCUGCCACCGGCUGCCAACUCCACCAGGCCCACAGCCUUCAUUGCCACAUACAGGCUGGGAGUGGCCGCCCACGGGGAGAGCCAGCCCUGCCUCCAGCCCACCCCAGAAGCCACCAGCUGCACCAUCCCAGACGUCCAGAUGUUCUCCAUGGUGCCCUACAUGCUGAACGUCACCGCUGUCCGCCCCGGGGGCAGCAGCAGCAGCUUCGUGACCUUUGUCCCAGAGCACAUCAUCAAACCAGACCCUCCAGAAGGCGUGCACCUGAGACCCCUCCAUGGGCAGGGGCUGAGGGUGCAGUGGGAACCUCCCAGGUCCUGGCCCUUCCCGGAGAUCUUCUCACUCAAGUACUGGAUCCGCUACAAGCGUCAUGGAGCCGCCCGCUUUCGCCAGGUGGGGCCCAUCGAAGCCACGUCCUUCACCCUCAGGGCUGUGAAGCCCCACGCCCGGUACUGCAUCCAGGUGGCUGCCCGGGACCUCACUGACUACGGGCAGUCAAGCCACUGGAGUCUCCCUGCCACGGCCUCGGGGCCGCUGGGCCAGUAGCAGGGGCUUCCCAGCACCCGCAGAGGGGCUGGUUCCUGACAUCCCCUCCCCUCACCGCUACCCACUCAGAGGUGGAUGGGACCUGACUGGCCUGGGGCUGCUGCUGAGUGUCUGGGCACCCUUGGACACGUGACUUUGCCUCUGACACUGAAUUUCCUAAUCUGUGAAUCGGGGAUGUACUCUCUCCUUUGACUGCAGAACUGUGAAUGCGACGUAUUAUUUAUUGUUUAAUUAGACAAGGACCAUUGUUACUAGAAUAAAGACUCUUCCUCCCUUUGUUCAACAGACCCAGAGAGGAGUUAGGACAGAACGGAGCAGGACACACAUACAGUGAAUCCCCACUCCGUGGACAGGGUCAGGGCUGGCGAGAGGAAGAGACCGCAGCUUGAGGAGUUGGGGUGGGUGUGGAGGGGUUCUGCCUGGGACGGGAUGGUGGGAGCCAUUCAGUUCAGCAGUUUGGUUCCCCCAUCGUCUCAAAUGAUGUGAGCCCCAGUGUGAGUGGACACAAAUGGGACAUCGUUUGUUUGGGAAGAUUUCUCCGGGGAGGGGACAAAGCAGCCAGGCCUGGAAGGAUUUUCUCAAACCGUGGGUUUGUUUGUGAAUUUCACUUCAGUCUCAUCUCAAAGGUCACCUCCUCCAAGAAGUCUUCCCUGAGCACAUCAUCUGUGGUAGCAGAAUAAUACCCUCUCCCCCCGCCCGCACCGCCACACAAAAGAUUACCACAUCUAACCCCCAGAAUCUGUGAAUAGGGUACCUUACCUGGCAACAGGGACUCUGCAGGUAUGAUUAAAUGAAGAAUCAUGAUAAGACUCCUUAAUUUAAAGUUUAAAGAUCUGUCAUUAAGUUAAUGAACACCAGGGAGAGUUAUGAUCCUGGGGCCCCAAGAAAAUAACAAGGAUCAGGCAGGAGCCCUGGCCGGUGUGGUUCAGUUGGUGGAGCAUCGCCGUUCACCAAAAGGUCACUGGUUUGAUUCCCAGCCGGGUACAUGCCAAUUUCAGGC